CACACACAACAAAGCAUCCUUAUUCCUUACCCCCCUCUUUUUUCUUUAUAAUUUCAUACUCGUACGAAAUUUUGCACACCUGAAAACCUUAAACCCACUAAACUCCAUUUUUCCCUUUUUUUUUCCACUUUUGUUCCUAAUUUUCCAGAGUCAAUUUCCUUUUUUUUUUUCAAAUUGAUUUUCUGCAGGGUUAGGGUUUUUGGUUUUUUCUGUUCAAUUUGGGAAUAAACUGAAGCAUGCAGCAACAAGCUCCUUCAAUGAUGCCUGUUAUGCCCUCUUUUCCUCCUGCUAACAUCACCACCGAGCAGAUUCAAAAGUAUCUUGACGAGAACAAAAAGUUAAUUCUUGCUAUAUUGGAUAACCAAAACCUUGGGAAGCUCACUGAAUGUGCUCAAUAUCAAGCACAGCUCCAGAAGAACUUGAUGUAUCUGGCUGCAAUUGCUGAUGCUCAGCCACAGAUGGCGACUGUACCUGCCCAAGUGGCCCCGCAUCCUGCUAUGCAGCAAGGAGCGUAUUACAUGCAGCAGCAAGCUGCUGCGAUGGCUCAACAGCACGGCAUUUUCCCACCUAGAAUGCCUGCUCAGUUCAAUAGUGCACUUCAAAUGCAUGACCAGCAUCAACAGCAGCAACACCCGGUACACCAGCAGCAACAGCAACAGACUGCGAUCCCUGGGCAAAUGAACUUUAGACCCACAGGACUGAGCGAUGGUGUCCAUCCAAUGCAAACUGAAGCAGCACUUGGAGGCGGUAACAGUGGUGGCCCGCCUGCUUCAGCUAGUCCUAGCGACGGGCGUGGUGCAAACAAGCAAGACGGCCCUGAGGGUGGGUCCGUUGGUGAUGGACAAGGAAACUCCGGUGCAGGUGCAGGACAGAAUCCCGAAGAAGGAAAGUGAUUACGCCUUCUCAACGUAUAGGCAUAUGUAUGUCGAUAAGUAGUGAUAUGUCUUUCUCACACACAAGAAGAUUGUGGUGGUCUAGCCUCAUCAAAUAGAAGGUGCUCUUUUAUUGCAUGUUUUUUUUCUUUGUUUUUUUAAAUUUAUGUUUAGCUCAAAAUGUUAGUGAAAGAUGUAGGAUAUUAUGUUAUGUUGUGUCCUAUCCUAUGCUAUCAAAAAUUGAUAUCAAGCCUUACCAUAAUAUGCCAAUUAUGAAACUUAACCACCUUUAUAAGUGGUGAAGAUUGAUGUUUUAUCUAUAUGAAGUAUAUACAUUCUCUAGUGAUUUUCUGUAGUAAUUUUUGUUCUCUUAUGGUAGAUUUUACAGUUCGGGUGUUGGAAAUACUUCACAUGUGAGACAAGAUCCUACAUCGAUAAAAUAGUAGGUGGUGGACUUGCAUAUAUACCGGGUUGGCUAAUCCUCCUACAACCAUAUGGUUUAUGGAAUCAAUGAACCUCACCAAGUGUAUGUACAAGUCAAUGCUCUUCACCCGUGGGUUUGUGGGCCUGAGCCCACGGGAGUCCCAUGUCCACACGAGUGGACAAUUGUGAAAUUAUGUGACGAAUGUCACGGCCUAAUAUUGGGAUAAGUACUUGAUGACUCGUACCGUCUUCCCUUAUUAGUAGUAAUUUCAAGGAGGGAGGGGAAAUUUUCCUUUCUAUCCCACUAAGGUAAAUAUUUAUGCUAAGAUGAGAGGAAUCCCUCGAAUCUUCCUUCUCGAUCACAUUGUAACAAUUGUAUUCUCUUUAAUUUGAGUCUAAUUUUCAUUGUU